ACGCGCUUUACGACCUUGUAAACCGCCUGCAACAUCAUCAGUCAAUCAUCCGCCUCUCCGCCCGAUCUCUAUUUAUAGCGAGCGAACCGCGACACACAAUCACCACCAGUCCAAGAUCAAUACAUUGCAAGCUACGACUGACACUUGCACCUGAUCGAUCGAUGGCAUCGUCUCGCUACGGUAUGCUCCAGGUGCUGCUGGUGGUCGCCGCAGCCCUCACCGCGGCGCCGGGCGUCCUCUCGGACCCGCCGCCGCUCCAGGACUUCUGCGUGGCCGACCUGAAGGCCGCGACGGCGGUCGACGGGUUCCCCUGCAAGCCAGCGUCGACCGUCGUGGACGACGACUUCUUCUCCGCGGCCAUGGUAUCCGGGCCCAGCACCAACAACCCCUUCGGCGUCAACUCCACGCGCGCCACCGUAUCCGCCUUCCCGGGCCUGAACACGCUGGGCCUCUCCAUCACGCGCACCGACCUCGCGCCGGGCGGCAUCAACCCGCCGCACUCGCACCCUCGUGGUUCGGAGCUGGUGCUGGUGCUCAAGGGCGAGGUCAUGGUCGGGUUCACGACGGCGACCAACCAGCUCUUCUCCAAGGUGGUGAAGCAGAACGAGCUCUACGUGGUGCCCCGCGGCCUGCAGCACUACCAGCUCAACGUUGGCAAGGGAGACGCCGUGUUCAUGGCUAUGUUCGACGCCCAGUCGCCGGGCCUGGUGGUGCCGACGCUCGGGCUCUUCGCCACCAAACCGGCGAUGCCCAUGGAGGUGCUAACCAAGACGUUCCUCAUGGGCGAGGACGAGGUUAGCGCAAUGAAGUCCAAAUUCGUCGGCUUCUGAAUCUGACUGAAUAUUAGUGGUGUUGUAGCGCGGCUCAGCUGCUAAUGAGAUCCGCUGCUGUACCUGGCUGUACCCUAUUCGUUUUGAAGUGUGCGUGUUUGUUGUUGUCCCUGUAUCCGACUGAUCUUCUCAGAGACUGUUUUAAGGUGGAAUCUCCGCGUUCUGUUUUA